CUGCCAACGGACGAAAACAGAAGGCCUAUUCAUCCAGUACAUGGUACAGAUGGAAGGCCUUUGCCAACAGACGAAACUGGGCACCCACUAGGUGCCGAUGGAAAGGCAAUCCCAACGGAUGCAAGUGGUACACCAAUUGACAAGGAUGGACAACCCUUGCCAACAGAUAGCAGCGGAAACUAUGUUAUGGUCCCUAGUGAAGAGGCAGUCGUUAAGGAGUUGCCCACCGAUGAAAGUGGCAAUGUUCUAUACCCCAUAACGAUGCCUGAUGGAUCACCGAUGCCCACAGAUUCUUCUGGAAAUUAUAUCACCGACGAGGGAGUUAUCGUUGAAAAGGAUGAAGAGGGAAGACCACUUGGUCCAGACGGACAAGUCUUGCCAACAGAUCAGUCUGGUAACUACAUCUACCCUGUCCUGGGACCUGAUGGAAGUCCAUUGCCUACGGACGAGAACAGAAGACCUAUUCGGCCGGUAUUUGGUACAGAUGGAAGACCUUUGCCUACAGAUGAUACAGGACACCCGCUAGGCAAAGACGGUAGGCCAAUCCCAACGGAUACAAGUGGCAAACCAAUUGACAAAGAUGGGCAACCCCUGCCUACGGAUAGUAGCGGACAUUAUGUGAUAGUGCCGGCUGAAGAAGGAGUCACAAAGGAGUUGCCAACUGAUGAGAGCGGCAACAUCAUCUAUCCUGUGACAAGACCCGACGGAUCACCAUUGCCUACCGACGCCUCUGGAAAUUACAUUACAGAAGAAGGUAUCAUAGUUGGACCGGAUGGUAAAGCUCUUCCUGUACCGCAUGACGAAAGAUGCUCAUUGAAGAAUCUCAAAAUGGAUAUCGUGUUCACAAUAGACACAAGAAAGCUGUCCAACUCCACGUUCCAGAACAUUUUGCGAGCUAUAUCAAGCUUUGCUGAUAGGGUCGAUUUAUCACCGGACGUGACCCGUAUCGGUGUUGUAUAUGGCAAUAAGGAUAUCGUUGUUCCUCUUCCGCUUGGCGGAUACCAGGAAAAAGAGCAUAUGCGAGAUGAGCUUCGACGGAUCGUGUUCUCUUAUGACGACUCAGAUGAUCGUGUGCCUCUUCAUGGAUCAACGAAACAACAAUUUACCAUGUUUCCCCGACCAGACAGCGCCAAAAUCAGCAUAAUCUUUGGAGGUGACAUAGCUAGGUGAGU